AUGGAGUACUCCAAAAAGCGUGCAUUGGAGGGCAUCAUGAGCUUUAUUGAUGCCUGGUCACCUCGUGUGCCUGAACCGGCAGGAGCGCCUGGUGUGAAAAGAAAGGUGGAGUCCUUCGAAGACCCAACAGGAAUUGAUAAGGCCCUGGAGAAGGCAAAGAAGGCGGCGACCGAGAAGAAGGAGGCCCAUGGUGAGAGUGGAAGAGGGCCGAAAGGGUCAGUUGGCGCUCGGCUGGAAAGGAGGGCGGCGGAACGGCGUGAGCAGCAGCGGAAGAAGGAGGAGGAAAAGAAGAAGGAGAGCCGUGGCCGGAGCCGGAGCCGCAAAAGGAGACCUUCUGAUGCAGCGGUUGAAGGCUCUGGAGACCAGUCUGGUCGGCAGCAACUGGAUAUCAGCACGGCAUCAGGAAUUGAUACAAGCCGCAAGCUUGUCCUCAGAGAGCGAGAGGAGAAGAGCAGCAAAGCAGGAAGCCGCCAGCCUGAAGCGGUCAAAGAGCCGCGAGCAGGUGCGUCGAGUCCAUUUCGACGAUCGGCCAAGAGAGAUAGGUCGCCAAGGGGGAGCCAAGGAGAAACCCGGAGGGUUGUCCUCCGCGAAGCAAAGGAGGUCCGCCUGGCAGAAGGCGAUAUGGCCGAGGAAGGAAAGGGCCUGGAAAGAUCGCAGGAAAGCGACAGUGGCAGUGAAUCCAGCGAGGAAGGGUUUGAAGCCCUUCCAGCGAAGUCCAACCCCGAGGAGAGUGAUGGAGAUUGGGAAAAUUUAAGUGUUGAUCUUGAAGCUGGAGUUGAGGAGAGUUUAGCCAUAAUGCAGCGCUGGUUAAAAAGUGAAGAGUGUGGUGGCCUGAGCAUUUCACAAACAGGAGGACUUUUGGCGUCGGUGUGCAUGCGAAGUGGCACGAACUUGGGCGAAUAUCUCAAGCGGUCCAUCGAGCCGGGGUCUGACGACGGCAAUAAGGGAAGAAAAGGGGAGGUUCUGCCCCUGCCGCUGUGGGCCGAUGGGAAGGAGCAGCUCAGGAGCCUCUUCGAGUCUGGGGACUUUCGGAAGUUUGGAGGCCUCAGAUUCAUGCCUCCCGUGUUUGGAGUCUUCGACUACCUCUGGAAGGACAUCUCGGAUGGCGAGGUCAUGAUUGAGCUUGGAGCCAAGUCAGUGGAGGAGAUACUGAUGGCAGGGCUCAGAGAGAUGCGCGCCUUGGAAGAGGAGGAGGAUGAUGUCGGCGGAGAGGGCAUCAAUUUGGAUGCACCCCAAAGCGUGCUGGUGUUCGACUUCUUCGCAGGCAUAGGAGGCCUGAGCCGUGCACUGGAGCUGGCAGGACAGAAGGUGGAUCAUGUAGUGGUGAUUGAGAAGGACCCUGAAUGUCGAAGGCUAAACAAGACAAGGUGGCCUGGAUGUGAUGUGAUAACUGAUAUCACGAGGGUGACAAAAGGAGAGAUAGAGAAGUACAUGAGGAGUGUACCAGGCCUCACCGGAGGUCUGUCAAAGUUGAAUGUGAACCGAAUUCACCUUCAAGACCCGAGGUCCCAGUUGUUCUACAAGUAUGUGGAGAUUCUGGGUUGGAUUGAGGACCUGGCAAGAGAAAUGAAGGUAUGGUCCGUCCUCAUGGUGGGGAAUGUAGUUGGAGAUGAGGAGGACAUCCGAGAGAUGAAGUUCAAUGAGGAGUUGGAACCUCUGGGGUCGGUCUGUGAUGAAGGGUGGUUUUGGGCGGCAGCGGAGGUCAAUAAGAACCUUCGGUUGCCGACUUUCACACGAGCCAUUCCACGGAGGAAUCCGCCCAAGGAGCCAGCGGGGCUGCAGUCCUGCGAUCGGAGCACAAUAGACAGAUGGAAGGAGGAUAGGAUGAAGUUUCCUCCAUACACCUACCGACCCGAGUUCCUUUUUCACCAUGCCACGGGAGAAGAAGUGAAGCGUGUGGCAUCGGCAACGAAAAGAGAGAGAUUGAUGGGAUACCCCACGGGGUACACCUUGGCUCUGUUUCGAAAGGAAGCAGAGACGGAGGAGGAGAAGAGGAAGCAGACGGUGGCUCGAGAAGCGGCUAUCGGAAACAGCUUCCACACUGUGGUCGUGGCUUGCUUGAUGGACCUGUGGUUAUGGAAGAAGCAAGCCUGA